AGCACGUCGAACUACCUAGCUCGUCGAUUUGGGGUCCGGGCAGCUAUGCCUGGUUUUAUUGCGAAGAAACUAUGUCCUCAACUAGAAGUCGUUCCAGGAAAUUUUGACAAGUAUCGGAGAGAAAGUAUGGACUUGUCAAUGGGAUCUUUAGAUGAGGCAUAUCUCGAUAUAACGGCCUUUGUAGCGGCGAAAUCAAAACCCAGCACGCUCAUUCGACGGCGAUUUGGUGGUGAAUGCAUCUGUAAGUUACCGCUAAUAGCUGGUCAUAGCGUCAUUCCUAGCUCAACGGAGACCUGCUCCAAGUGUGGUAAGGAGCGUAAGGUUUUCGAAGACAGUGUUGAGUUUGGAGUUGGUCGAUCUGAGGUAGUUCGCGAAAUCCGAUUCCGAGUCGAGCAAGCGUCUGGACUAACAUGUAGUGCAGGAAUUGCUCCAAACUUCAUGCUUGCAAAAAUCUGCUCGGAUAUUAACAAACCGAAUGGACAGUUCGAAUUGGCGAAUAGAUAUGAGGACGUGAUGAAAUUUUUGAGUGAUCUACCGAUUCGUAAGAUAUCUGGGAUCGGUAGAGUGUCGGAGGCUCUUCUUCAAGCAUGUGGUGUGUCUACAGUUGGAGAACUUCUUGAAAGACGUGCUGCAUUAAAAUUCUGCUUUUCAGCUUUAUCACAGGAGUCAUUUUUGCGAAUUGCAUUGGGUCUACCUGGCCGUCCAUCAACGUCUGACACGAGGAGAAAGAGCAUCUCUGUUGAGAGAACGUUCACGCCUACGUCGGAUCGUAGUGUUCUAAAUGAGAUCAUGGAGGAAGUGGGUGGCAUGCUGGUUAAGGAUAUGGCAGAUGCUGGAGUAGUCCUAGAUUUCUGGAAACGACGACAACACACGGAGCCUACCACCACUGGCAUGUGCGAGGCCAGUUCAUCUGUUUCCGAUUUUUCCAUGGAAGUGGUGGCAAGCUCGGAUGUGUUGGUGUCUUGUCCUAUAUGCAACAUCCAUCUACAAAACGACGACAGAGUGGUGAAUCGUCAUGUGGAUGAGUGCCUAAACAACUCGCUGCUCCUUGAAUCAACUGGAAUAUCGUUUGAACCGAAGGAACCACCGCCGAAAAAACGAGGAAGAGCGGCCACAAUUGAGAACUACUUUGCGAAGCGAGAACGAAAUUGA